ACAGAUGAUAUAAGCAAGAAACUUUAACGAAUUCAGAGAUAAACAGAUAAUGUAAACAGAGAUUCAAUACAUAAUUAAGUCAAUGACAAACGAUAAAACACAUUGAUGACAUGAGUGAUGUAAAAAUUAUAUAUUAACCGUUUACAUUUUUUCCAACUUAGAAAACAAUAGAGACAAAAUAUGGACUUGCCAGCAAGGACAAGGAUGACCUGAAAAUAGCCUUCCCCUAACCAUGAGACUUGGAGGCCGUCUGACCAUCGAGUGCCAUGUUCAUCCUUCUAUACGUGAUGUGUAUGAUGGCGGUGUCUGCCGGGGGCGGACCUCUGGAGGUGGAUGCUGCGUAUCCUCUGGCGGACGUGACGGAGAUGCCACACCUCAACUUCAUCCGGUUCAGGGGCAUUGGAGAUUCUCUGCUGGAGGAGGAGGAGGAGGAGGAGGAGGAGGUACCCUACUUCGACGCCUCCAUGUCCUCCACCUACACCGCUUACUUGGGCAAGACAGCCACCCUCACCUGCGUCGUUCACGCCGCUCGGAGUGACAAAUCAGUGUCGUGGAUCCGAGGCCGCGACCUGCGCAUCCUGACGGUGGGCGGCUACACGUACACGACGGACCUGCGCUUCGAGGCCCUCCACCAGAAGGCCAGCUCGGAGUGGACACUCAGGAUCAAGUCUGUGCAGCUGCGGGACCAGGGCAGCUACGAGUGCCAGAUCACCACCAAGCCCAUCCGGACCUUCAACGUUUUCCUCAAGGUCGUCGAACCAACAGUAGAAGUGAUUGGCGCGCCGGACAUCUACGUAAACACGGCCAGCAUGAUCAAUCUCACAUGUGUUGUGAACCACGCACCUUAUCCCCCCGAGGCCAUCACCUGGUUUCACGGUAACCAGACGAUCAGCUACACCUCGAAGCGCGGGGGCGUGAGCGUGGUGGAGGAGCGCGGCGAGACCACCACCAGCAUCCUCCUCCUGCAGAACGCGAGGGCCUCCGACUCCGGCACCUUCACCUGCCAACCCGAGGGCAUGGAGUCCGCCCAGGUCACCCUCCACGUCUUGGACGGCGAGCGUCCGGCAGCCAUGCAGACCAACUCGAGCAGCGUCAGCACCUCGCGACUCUCUGCUAUCUUCAUGGUUGCCACGAUCGCCACCAUCGCUGUUUUCUAAAGCAUCGCGGGUACUACACUAGAACCUCAUCUUGUGCAAUGUUUACGACUCGACAUACUCCUUACCCACCAGCAAGCGUGGGAUUUGUAUAAUGUUUUUUUUCCCGAGUGUUUUGUACAAAGUAUUUGAUAUACGCCGACUUUUAUGUAACGAAGAGCCUCUUUUUAUAUACAUGCAACUUCCGUAAACAUAGUUUUUGCUCCUUCAAGCGAUGGAACGACCCUCUGUAAGAUGUCAAUCUGCUUGGAAGUAUCGUCAACGGCCGUGUUCACUCAUCUGAAAUCUUCCUUUUUUCUCCGCAUGUGGUACUCUGUUUCCAAAUGGAUACUGUUAUCCCGCCUUACCUGAAGAACCCUUUAAAGAACGAUUAAAGAGUAUUGGUUUUGUUUGAUACCUCUCUGCAAGGGAUGAAAAAUCUGGUUUUGUAACUACAAUGAAAGAUAGCAUGAUCUUGAUAUUAUUCUGACUGAACAUAUACCAGCUUAUUAUCGUUGGAUGAAAUAUCCAUAAAAGACAAAGAUCAUUGGUAAUGAAAUGUUCCCAAAUCCUUGAUGCUUUACACAAAUGUUAUUGUUUCCAUUAGUUAAAAAUGCCUUAUCUCCGGUACACAUAUUCUUUAACCAUGAAUGUUUGUUGUUCAGACUUGGGUGUUUUCCAUAUCUCCAUAACCAAAAAGAAGACAAAACAUUUGUGUACAUAUUUCUAUACUUCAAUACUAAUUAAUGUUCUUCAUGUACUGUGUUCACUGUCGUGUAUCCUACCUGGAGGUGGUUGGACUGUUGGAAGCUAGAUUCUAAUAGACG